GUGACAUUACCAAGCACAAGUGUUUCAACGUAGCCGUAUACAAUCUGGUGAUUGAAGUGGGUCAAAGUAAAAUUUUAAAAUGACUACCAUGGAUUGGAACGAAAUUAAGAGAUUGGCGGCUGAUUUUCAGAAAGCACAACUUAGUUCUACUUUACAGAAGUUAUCGGAACGAAAUUGUGUGGAAAUCGUAACAAAAUUAAUAGAAAAUAAACUUCUAGAUGUAUUAUUUACUAAUGACGGCAAAGAAUAUGUUACACCACAGCAUGUUGCAAAGGAGAUCAAAGAUGAACUGUACAUUCAUGGUGGAAGAAUCAGUUUAGUUGAUUUGGCACGGAUUCUUAACAUUAAUCUGUCUCAAAUAUCGAAAGUAGCGAAUGAAAUAGAAAAGAACAAUAAAGGAUUUAAGAUAAUCCUUGGGCAACUUAUCGAUAAAACUUAUACGACUAAAAUUGCUGAAGAAAUCAAUGAUAAAUUAUCACAAAAUGGCAGUAUCAAUGUGUCGGAGUUAAUAAUACAUUAUGAUUUACCACCUAAUUUCUUGCAAUCGCUUAUUGAGAAGGAGUUAGGAAAGACAAUACAUGGUAAACAAGAUACACAAGAUUCUAGAGUCUUUUAUACAGAAAAUUUUAUAGCUAGAAAUAAAGCUAAAAUAAGAGGAGCCUUGUGUGCCAUCACAAAACCUACACCAUUAUCGGUUAUUUUAGAACAAUGUAGUAUUUCAGAAGGAAUAUUUUUCUCAAUUUUAAAUGACUUACAAAAAUUAAAACAAAUUCCUGGUGUUGUAGCAGGAAAACAAGGAACCUACAGUCUUUAUAUACCAACUAUAUAUACUAAAAGCUUAAACGAAUGGGUAGAAAAUUUUUAUAAACAAAAUGGUUAUUUAGAAUACGAUGCACUCGCGCGACUUGGAAUAUCAGACCCACCAAACUUUGUAAAACGUCAUUUCCCAAACGAAGAUAUAAUCUUCUUAGCCUCUGUCGCUGUUGGUACAACAGUUAGUGAACAAGUGGAUGCAAACAUUGAAGAAGCUAUUGAAAGUGGAUCUUUUAUUGAUAUAAGCCCUUUUCUACCAUCUGUAUUCACAGAGCAAGAUAUGGAAAUGCUUCUUAGAGCGGUAGAAAAGAAAUUAAACAAUAAUACACACAUAUUUACAAAAACUGUGGUAAUGUCCGACGCGUUCUUGCAAUCAUUACACAAAUCGUUUGAGACAAUGGCAGAAACAAAAGCUAGAGAAGCAGUGGCUAGUGGUCAAUGGUUUCAGACAAUAGCAGAAAACAGAAUAAAAUCUAAGUCGGCCAACUCGAUAAUCGAAACUAAAGGAGGUAAAAAGGAAGAACGCAGAAAAAAGGCAACAAGUGGUAAAGCAGGUGGUGGUAGUCAAGGUAGAGAAACAAAAACAAAAUCUACUAAAAGGAAGUAUUUACAAGGGAAAGGUCGCGAUAGCGAUUCGGAUAAUGAGAAUUCGAAAGUUGCGUCAGGAAAAACUGAGAUUCAAUUAGUGCCUCUAGAAGUCAUAAAAAACGAGAUUGCAAAAGAUGAUAAUUUAGCAGUAAUUGAUGAUUUAGUAGAGGAAUUGGCGUUAUAUUUGCAACCACAAUUGAACAAUCACGCACUGUCUAUCGCAGAUAAGUUAGCACAGAAUAAUAAAACUACGAAUUUGAGCGAAAUCGAAGAGCGUCUUAAUGUUUUUAUAACAAAUAUUAAAAUAUUCGACAAAGGCAUUAAACAAAUAGGUAAAGCGGAUCAACCUGCUUUAACAAAAUAUUUAUUAAAAUCCCUUGGUACCGAGUUUGUGACAGAAUUGUUUAAGUUAGCUGCACAACAAAAUAUGCUCCAAGCUCCCAACAAUAUUACUACAGAAACAAGACAAAAGAUGUUACUUAAUUUGCCAGCAGAUGUUAAAGAGCCUUUAAGUAACAUACAUAAAUCUGUUGCUGAAACAUCUAUUGAUGAUUUCUUAAAUUUUGCAGAGGCUGCAAUGGCAGCUUGUUGUCUAACAUUAAAAAAAUACGAUAAAAAGAAAGAAAGACCAUUCAUUUCAGGGCACAAACAAGCUUUAUUGGAAGAGCUUAAUUCUACCCAAGAUCCUGCAUUAGCAUUGCAUUUAGCCACAAGUAUAUUAUUUAUUGCAACAACACAAAAUGCUCUAUAUAUGGCUGGAAGACAUGUAUCUACCAUUCUUUCAUUUCUUCAAACGCAUUUACAACCUUCAACAAUGGCCACACUGACUAAAUACCACGAUAUGGUAUUGAAAAGCUUAACUGCUACAGACGAAGCUACAAAGCUUGAGGUUAACAAGGAACUGGAAACUGAAUUGGUAGAAAUUAAAAAUAUUGCAAACAAUGUUAAAUAACAUUUAAAAACUGAUAAACCACAAGAAUGAAUACAUAUAAUUGUACAUAAAUAUAAAUAGUAUUCAUUGUAUAAAAUUAUACUUAAGUGAUUUAUAUUAUGUUUUGCAAUAAAUCACAUUGAGAAAUGGGAAUAUUUUGUACUCGAUAAAUUA